CCAUGGAGGAGCCCCUCGCGCUGCUGGUCCGGAGCCCCGCGCAGCGGCACCCCGACCUGCGCCUCCGCGCCCGGCCCGCCUGGACCGUGCGGCGCCUCAAGGCCGAGCUGCGGCGCCUCGUCCCGGAGGCACCCCCUGAAGAUGACCAGAGAUUGAUUUACUCUGGGAAGCUGCUGCUUGAUCAUCUCUGUCUGAGAGAGUUGCUGCCAAAGCAUGAGGAAUUGCAUGCCCUUCAUCUGGUGUACAACCUCAAGACUUCUGUGACUGCCCAAGAAACCAGCACAAAGGUUGAAACUGCUCAGCCAAAAGUAUCACCAGAAGCUGGUCAAGAAGCUUCUGCAUCGUCCUCAGAUGGUGAAAGACACAGAUGCUCUUCUGACAACCAGUCUUCAGCAGGUGCUGGAACCAGCCUUGAAACAGCUCAGCAUCCCUUCCAAAAUGUGGCUCCUGGGUUCUCUGCUUACACAACUUACAGCAUGCUCCAGAUGUCCUGGUUUCAGCAGAUCUAUGCAAGACAAUAUUACAUGCAAUACCUGGCUACUACUGCUGCAUCUACUGACCCAUCCCGUACCCAGCGUGCUCAGGAGAUACCGGUGGCACCAGUGACACCCCCAGCUCCUCUCCCAGACCCGUUUCCUGCACAGAAUCAGCCUGGAAACCAGAACGUUGCUCCGCAGGUGAACGCAGCAGCCAACCAAAACCUGCGGAUGAAUGCCCAGGGGGGGCCACUGAUGGAGGAAGAGGAGGAGGGUGGCAAUCGAGAUUGGCUGGACUGGCUCUACUCAGCAACACUGUUCUAUGUCUUUGUCAACAUCAUCUAUUUCUACUCCAGUGUCAGCAGAUUUCUCCUGGUCAUGGGUGGCACUGUUUUGAUGUAUCUGCAUCAUGUUGGGUGGCUUCCAUUUAGACGAAGACCGGUUCAGCCUUUCCCAAAUAAUGUUCCGGCUCAGGCUGCUGCAAACCAGGAUCAGAACAAUAACUUACAGCAAGAAGAAAAUGCAGGCAGAGCCAAUGAAUUGGAGGCCUCUCCUGAGGAAGGACAAGUGUUACUGGAAUACCAGCAGGCCAGCCCAUCGUUUUUGAGCACGGCGUGGCUUUUCUUCAAGACUUUCUUUGCAUCCCUCCUGCCAGAAGGGCCUCGUGCAGUCCGCAACUGA